CACUGAUCAUAAAUCCAAAGAUGUCAAUGUCACAAACAUAACCUUACAUUUUAGCCGUAAAGCAAAGAAAUGAAGAUUCAAAGAUUAUAAUCACUUUGCCAUAAUCCACACCAUGUCUGAAACUCUUCGCAUUGCUAAAGUAUACAUCUGCAACAAUUACUUCACCGGCAUACCGAAAUUAACCGACUUUCAAGUGGUAGAAGAAACCCUCGGUACACUAAACGAAGGAGAUUACCUCGUCGAAGCAAAGUUUAUAAGAAUAUCGCCAGACCCAUCGGAGAUCACUCCCAAUUCUACGCCGAAAGCAUUUCAACUUGCCAGAAUUGUGGAAAGCAGAAAUCCGUCUUUUUAUGUGGAUGACUUCGUUGUAGGUGAUUUUGGGUGGCGAACGCAUACUAUCGUUCGUGCGGGUACCAUAGUGGAGGGUUUACAACCGUAUGUAUUGCCUGAAAUUGGGCCUGUACCUAAAUCAUAUGGUGUUGGACUUUUUGGUGUACCUGGAAUUGCGGCAUAUUUCGGCUUGUUAAAAGUUUGCGAAGUCAAGGAAGGGGAUGUAAUUGUGGUGUCAUCAGCGGCCGGCGCUGUAGGCAGUUGUGCUGGACAAAUUGCGAGAAUUAAAGGGUGCAAAAUAAUCGGAAUCACUAGCUCCGAAGAGAAGUGUGCGUGGUUAAAGGAGUUGCACUUUGAUCACUGCAUUAAUUACAAGACUGACGAUAUUACGACGAAACUAAAGGAAUAUGCACCAGAGGGUGUCGACUGCUACUUUGAUAAUGUUGGAGGCGAAAUAAGUAGUGCAGUGAUUUACGAAAUGAAACAGCAUGGACGUAUUUGUAUAAAUGGAGCCACAUCUCUUUAUUAUAAUGAAGAGAAAAAAGCGAGCGAAGUGCAGUCUCCUAUAAAAAUGAAAAUGGUGAGAAUGGAAGGUAUGAAUGUGAGUCGUUACGAGGAUGAUUGGUAUCAGGGGCUUUAUCGAAAUUACCAAUGGUACUUUGAGGGCGUUCUUAAAUGUAAAGAAACCUUCAUAGAGAAGUUUGAAUCGACAUCACAAACAUUUAUUGAUGUACUCAAUGGAAAAUAUUUCGGGAAUGUUAUGAUUAAACUAUAAUAGAAUACUUUCAUAUGCUCUUAUAAUAAACUCAAAUUUUCAUA